CUCUAACUGAAUUCAUAUUGUUUUUUCCUUCCCUCUUCGCUUUCUUCUUAUUUACUUACACGAGUGUACCUACGUAUAUACACGAGACUUCCUUUGAAGAAUAAAGAAGUUAAAGAGAUCCUACGCGCAAUUUUCGUGAUUCACGAUUCUAGUUCUCAGUAGAGGGAAAGAGAGAGUUGAAGGAAGAGAAGGGAAGAACACAGAGUUAUCUAGAGGAAGACUUGUGAGCUUCGAGAUUUGAGCUUCGAGGUGGGUUUGAGACAUUUUCUGGAAGCUCGGGGCUGUGGAUAUUCUUGCGAGAGAAUUUUGGGUUUGGUCCGAAAGAAUUUAUUAUUCUAUUCCUACUUGAAGGACGAAGAACGAGGAACAAAGAACAAAGAAUUGCGCGCUGUGCGUAGCAGAUAUUGGAUGAGUAUAUGAGCUUCUUGAUCGCUAUCAUUUCAUCAGCCUUGUGUCAGCUCGGUGUAAGGUGAAGUGAAGGCUGGAUAUUUUGGUACGUUCUUUGCGUGGUCCAGAUUUAUAUGUUUUUGCUUAUGCGACGAAAACAAGCCGGGGUCAUUGGAAUGGAUUCUUCACCCCCCAGUAUACGAAUACUGAUUGAUAUUUCUUUUGCAUAGGAAACACGCAAUGGUUUCGCAGGCAGAACCGACCAAUUCGCUCUCUAUUCGAGGUCCUUCGUCGGUUGUUUCAAGAGCGAGUACAUCGAGGCAUCAUCGUCGCCAUGGACGUAGUCAUACGGGAACUUCAUCAUACAUACCACAGAAUGAUUUUCCCGUCUUCACGCAUACGGGGGAUGUGGAAAUUAUUGUAAAAGCUGGCGCGAAAACGAAUCGGUAUUUAUUACACCGACUCAUCUUGACGAAUUGUUCCGGAUUCUUCGAGGCGAGCACAAGUCAAGAAUGGUCGAGGGCUACUGAGGUUGGAAGUUCGGGUGUAGGGGAAUUGGCUAGGAUAGGUGAAGAAUCGGGGAGUGAUGCGGGAAGGAAUGAAGCAGGACCGAAAAGAAGAUGGAGGUAUGAAUUGGAUAGCGGGCCUAAUAAUGACGAUAUACCAAUGUUGGUUCAGAAGCCGGAAUCAUCUCUUUCCCUUUUCGGCGCAAACGAUACUCGGCCACCACCACCUGUUCGAAACAAACCUCCUUCAUCCAACCCAUCCUUCUUUCGCUCCGUUGCAAACCUAUCCAUCACCUCGCAUUCCACUCCUGCGCCUCCACAAAUAACACAAGAAGAUCAAGAUUUGCUCAACGAUUACGAUAAUUUGUUUCGAAUCUUCUAUAAUCAUUCUCCACUUCUCGAUUCGAUCGAUAUAGCUACCGCAUACAUACAAUGCAAAUCACUUCUUACACUCGCAGAUCUCUACGAUGCUCUUACGGUUGUUGGACCGCGCAUUGAUCACCAUCUUCUACAAUUCCAAGGACGUCUCUGGAAACAAAUCGCUAAAUAUCCAUCUUCGUAUCUCAAACUCGGUUAUCUCUCUCAAUCGAAAACGAUAUUUGGGGAAGCACUCAUACAUGUCGUAGGCGCCUGGCCUGCUGGUGAGAGACACAUUAGAAAUCAAUUGCCUGACCAAGUACUGGAGAUUAUCGAGGAUAAAGUAGAGGAUUUGAGGGAUAUGGUUGGGAGUGUUGAAGGGCAAUUAUUUCGAUUAACGCUAUUGACCGCGAGGGGCGAGAGAGUCAAUCCGGGUAAUGCAUAUGCGGAUUGGUUGGUCGUAAGUUUAUUCAGGCAAUGGCUAGCUGAGAAUACAUCACCGCCUCCCGCGCCUCCUCAACCACUACCUAGAUCUCCUCGGCAUACAAGUGGUUCUCACAAUACACACCAUUCGCGCGCAUCUUCUUUAACAAUCACUCAACAUCAACAACCUCCUCCAUCAACUAUAUCGCAAAAUCAACAAAUCGGCAGGACAUUUAAGUUGUUGGGCAAUGCAUCGAAUGGUGCCUAUCUGGGACAUGAAGACUGCAAGAGGUUUUUGAAGUUGACUCCAGAGCAUUAUAGUAGGGAGGGAUUAAAGAGGUUUGAGAGGAGGAUGGAUGAAAUGAAGGAGAUGGCUAGAAGGGUGGUGGAACCAUUGAUGAGGUGUGGAUUGGAAGGGGAGGGGUUGGCAGUGGGGUAUUUGACGUGUACGAGGGUGGAGGAAAGGGACUUUGUUUGGUUGUAGGGGGGAGGUGGAAGACCAAUGAAGUGGGAAAUGACGAAUCAAAGAGGGAGAAGUAUGAAUCCUCUAGUUCAUCAAAGAAUAUCGGAGGACGGAAAAGGGAGCAAACGCGACACACGAACACGACGCAAUACGCACUUCACGAUUAAUGAGUUGAGACGAUGACAUUCAGAUGAACGGAACCGAGAUUGGAAGAUACGAAACGAUGAUUUUUUCUUUCCCUUCUAUUCCCCUUUCUUUCCUUUUGUUGUAAAGACUCGCGAGCGUUGGAUAUGAAUGGAUGGUA